AGGUGUUCUGCUCCUGGCCGAUCCUGACUGAUUAUUGAAGAAGUAACUGUAGCAAAGCAAACAAUGCCUCUUGCUUCUGUUUGUUUCAUGUUUCCUUUUUAUAUUUUGUCUCAUUUAGUUAGUGUGGAGGGCUACUCUUAUCAAACCAAACCGCUCUUUCUGUCCUAUUCUGAGCUGGCUGCGCUGGAAGCAAACGCUCAGUUAAAGGUUCCUGAUGGAAGUACCACUGCAGCAAAAACUGAAGAGGGCAAGACUUACAUGGUGAAAUGUCACGAAGACAGCAUCGAGGUUAAGAUCAGAGCUCAUUUGUUUGAUGCUGGCCUCUCUGAGGAGCCCACACGACUGAGGCUUGGAGCUGCCAGUGCUGCAGAAGGUCCCUGCACUGCCAAGCUGUCUGCAGAUGGAGAGUAUGUUAUCAGAGCUCCACUGGAUGAGUGUGGGAACAGAGUGAUGUUUACAGAAAAUGCUGUGGUGUAUAGAAACCUGCUUUUCUUCCUCUUUCCUCUAUUUUCACCCAGUGAUGCUUUUCAGAUGGGAGCUGUUGUUCCUGUGCUGUGUGAAUAUAAAAGAAAGUACACAGUGAGCAGUGGACCGCUAAGGCCAACCUGGACUCCCCAGGUCUCUGUACAGUCGGCUCAUCUCAACCUUGAUUUCCACCUCAGGCUCAUGACAAAUGACUGGAACACUGAGAGAAACUCACCUGUUUACUUCAUGGGUGAAAUGGUCAACAUCGAGGCCUCAGUUGAUCAUCAUCAUCCUCUACGCCUGUACAUAGGUGGCUGUGUCGCCACUCUGACCCCCGAUGUGAAUUCUGACCCCCAAUACCCUUUCAUAGACCACCAGGGAUGUUUCACAGACUCCCAGCUGAGUGGCUCCAGCUCACGUUUCCUGCCUCGCGUCCAGGACGAACUCCUCCAGAUUCAGCUGGAGUCUUUCCUCUUCCAUCAGGACCACAGACACACUAUCUACAUUACAUGUUACCUGGAAGCUGUGCCCAUUUCAAAGAAGGAUUCGGAGAAAAAGGCCUGCUCAUUCAUAAACGGGAGGUGGAGGUCAGUGGAUGAUGAUGAUUAUGUGUGUCAGAGCUGUGAUAACUCUGCAGAGAUGGUUCACAGCAGCAUUGCCGAGUUCAGCCAGAAGAGGGAGCAAAGGAAUAAAAGGGAGGCCGCACAAAAUGAGCUGCACAAGGAAGCUACUUUGGGCCCAAUCAUAUUUCUUCCAGAGCAAGCCCACAGCUGUGAGAAUCACCUAUAUCUGGAGUGACAAAGAUGAGUUUAAUAAAGACAAAAAAAGGCCGCUGAUGACU